CUAGGUCUUAUUCUUUACCAGAGAUCAUGGGAGUUGGAAAUAUUGUCAACAAAAACAUGCCUAAAUAAGGACUCCAAAAUGCUGUUGGCUGCUGCAAUAACCUUUGUUAAAACUUUGUUGUGUAAAGUUAUCUUCUUCGGAAUAAGAGAUGAAUUUACGGGAUGCAGUCCCGGGGAUAUGGUUGUUUUGUCACAUGGAGGAAAAAGUAUCAGUUUGAAAAGUGUGUCAACCAUAACUUCUCCCUACAUGAUCCCAGAUAUCACAACAUUAUCUACUGAAAGUCUGCCACUGGAUGAUCGUCUCAUGCCGUCCAUUGGAAAUGGCCAAGUUGCAAUUGUGGUUAAAGGUGAAGGAGUCUUUAUGAAUGGACUUUACAAUGGACAUAACAUAACUAGCCAUCGUGCCAAAAUGCCAGCUGCAUUUAUAAAAGACAUAGGCAUAAAAAGUAACAGCCAUCCCAAGUUCAACUAUAGUCUUGAUUUAGCAGCAGCUACGUAUAUCGAGGAAUAUAAAACUAUGAGAUUUUUUAUUCAAAUGAAAAUGUUUGCUCACCGAGCCGUAAAACAGUUACUUGUCACCAUGGUGACAGUACAAAAUACAGGACAAGCCACCCUUAGCCUAGGUUUGAACACCACAAAAAUCGCUGAUACUGAAGACUUAGAAGUAACCUCGACCACCAACCACUCUAUCGGUAUCAUAAGUGGAAGAACGAAGGAAAGUGAAUAUGACAUCACAGGACUACAGAACGUCACUAUGAUACAUACAAUAAUACCGGAGGAAAUCACUGUAGAGCCAUUUGAGCAAAUAACCCACCUUUACCUACUGAGCAUCGAUUCAGAUCCAGAAAUCGCUAAGAAUUCAUUUAAUAAAGGUGUUGAAAUGUUCUUCAACCAGACCCUAGAAUCCAGUCACGUAAACGCCUGGGCAAAUGUAUGGAAGACUGGGCGCGUUGAUAUUACCGGAAAUAAAACCUUGGCCACCCUCGCUUAUUCGUCUUUGUAUUAUAUUUUGAGUUCUCUUCCUUUGAAAGAUUCCCGCGAUUUUGUUGGAUUGUCGCCUGGCGAUCUAGCUCAUGGAUCAGGUAAUAAGGAUUACAUGGGUCAUGUGUUCUGGGACCAAGAAACUUGGAUGUAUCCGUCCAUACUUUUACUACACAGUCAGAUAGGCAAGGUCAUUGUUAAAACCCGAAACAAAACACUGGGAGCCGCUAAAGAGACAGCAAAAAUGAGGGGUUACGAUGGUGCCAUGUAUCCGUGGGAAACUGCACUUUCAGGACUUGAUGUAACAGCAGAUCCUAUAUAUUUCUUAAAUGAACAACACAUCACUGGCGACAUUUCAUUUGCUAUUAGACAGUACCUUUAUUUGACACAUGACAUUUAUUUCCUGAAUCAAGAAUCUGGGCAAGCUUUAAUCAACGAAAUAGCGAAAUUUUGGGCUUCACGUGUUUCUCUCAAUUCUUCAACAAAUAUGUACGAAAUACAUGACGUCAUGCCACCAGAUGAAUGGCACCAGCAAGUAAAUAACUCGGCAUUUACCAAUGCUGUGGCAAAAUUGAGUCUUCUGCUGCCUGAAUUUGUCUGUAAUUUAACGAAUACCAAGCCCGAUCCUAGGUUCAAAGCCAUUGCAGACCGAUUGUACAUUCCAUACGACAGAAAAAUAGACUAUCACCCUGAGUUUGAUGGUUACACAACAAAUAUGCAGGUAAAACAGGCAGAUGUUAUCUUGUUGGGCUUUCCUUUCAUGCUGAACAUGACACACAGUACUAGAAAGAAAGACCUACGGAUAUACGAAGCAGUAACGCCUGGAGGACCUGCUCUUACCUGGAGUAUGUUUGCUGUAGGGAACCUGGAGAUCGGUGAUACAGAGAGAGCCUCCAAUCACUUUACUAGACAGCUCCUCAAUGUCGCAAAACCUUUCAAUGUUUGGACGGAGAACGCCGAUGGUACAGGAGCCGUCAAUUUUAUCACAGGGAUGGGCGGAUUUUUACAGUCUCUGUUGUUCGGUUAUGGUGGCAUCCGGCUUCAUCCAGACAGAAUCGACUUCCACGGUCGUCUUCCGCCGUCAACUACUUCGUUUAAUAUCACGGGGCUGGACUAUCUUGGCGGAUCUAUAGAUUUUUAUUUUUCAGAGGAGAUGACUUCUGUUCGUCUGAUACAUUCAGCUCGAUAUGUUUUAAAGCUGAGAACAAAAUUUAAGAACUUAGUAUUAAUUGUAGGGAAGUCACAAACUUUUCCAAACACCGCAGCAAGUAUUGUGCCAGACUUAAAGAACAAAAGAAAUCGAUAAUUUACUUUUUAAAAAAGUCUUUUCAUGUUUGUCAGUGUAUAUAUUUAAAUUUAAAAAAUCAAAUCAAAACAAUGUAGCAAUUUGCUUAAUAAAACAUUCUGUUCU